UUGUUUGCGACAGCAGGAAUGAGAUUGGUUCCUCAAGACCAGGCAGACGCUAUCUUAAAUGAAGUUAGAAAACUGUUUAAUGACAAAGACAAAUGUCCAUUUAUGUUUCAGGAUGAUAACGACGCUAGAAUUAUUACGGGCAAAACCGAGGGGAUUUAUGCUUGGGUUACUAUUAAUUUUCUGGUGGGUGCAUACCGCUCGAAAGGUCUUACCUAUGGUAGUUUAGAUUUGGGAGGGGCGUCCCAGCAAAAUGCUUGGAAAUUUAAUAGCAGCCACCCUGAUGUCGUGGUCGUAGACUUUUCAGGGAAAAAAUACAAAGUUUUUGCUCGUAGUUAUCUGGGUUUUGGGCAGGAUCAAGCUCGAGAACGUUAUCUGGGAGUCAUUGCUCAAAAAGAGAAUUGUGUUAAGAAUUCCGAGUGUGUCGUGAAAAGUCCUUGCCAUAAUAAAGGAUUUAAGGAAUCCCUUAAAUUUGAUGGUCAGGAAAGGGUAUUUGAAGGGACAGCUGACGUUAAAAACUGUAGAAAAAUAAUCCGCGAAGUGUUUUUCUGCCACUCGCCAAAUGUGCUAAAAUGUCCUUUCUAUGAUCAACCAAAACUGAAAGGAAGAUUUUACGGGUUUUCCUCAUUUUACUACAUUUUGACAGGAAUAGACGCGGUUUGUUCUGACUGUGAAAACAACAAAGUCACACGAAGGAAAGUUGAUUUGUACUCUAAGUCGUUUUGUGGAAAAGAUUACGACGACCUGGAGAAAAACCCUUAUGCUAAAAACCAUUGCUUUGGAGGGAAUUUUAUCUACGAGUUGUUAACUGAAGGGUAUAGACUUGGCCCAUAUAAGGAAAUAAGGGUGACUAAUUCACUCAACGGUUUUAAGUUGGGUUGGACCCUGGGUGCGGUUCUGAAAAACACAGAUAUAAUGAAAGAAUAAACCAACUGCACCCUAAUUCUAAGGUUUGCGUCCAAUAAAGGUUUAAUCAAGGGGACCUAAUAAUCAAUCAGUUACUCAGGGUAUCUUUGUGGUUAUCUAGGGACAAAUAAACUUGAGAUAGUUAAUAAAGCUUGCUUUUACUGGCUCAGGGCCUCAA